AUGCUAUUGAAAGAACAAUACGAUUAUCGAUUAAAGACAAUUGAAGAAAGAUUAGAACAUUAAGAAUAAUUUAUGAAUAAAAAGAUUAAUCAUUUAGAGGAUAGAAUUCGAUCAAUAAACAUAAUAUAUGAGAGAAUAGAUGAAUUGGCUGAACGUAUAAAUUUAUUGCAUACUCUCUUUGACAAAUUAAAAGAAAAUUUUGAUGCUAAAUUAAUGUCUUAAGAUGAUAAAAUAACAUGUGUGAAUUCAAAGAUAAAUAAGUUAAAAAAUGAGGAUAUUCAACAAUUACAUAAUCUAAUUAAAAAAACAUCAACUACAUCAAAAGAGUUAUCUUAAGAGAUGUAGAACAUAAAAACAAAAGAUUUUAGAUAAUCAGAAGUGUUAUUUAAAUAAGAAUUAAGAUAAUCUAAAAUUUUGGGUGAAAGAUUACAAUCUCCUUUAUUAAAUUAACGAAUAGAAACUUAUUAAAAAACAGAUAGAAUGAGAUCUAUCACACUUGAAAAAGAUAAAGGAUAAGAUACAAAAGGGAAAUAAGAUAAAGAGGAAGAAGAAUAGAAUAAAAACAUAAAAUCAAUGACAAAAACAGAUACUUAAAAAUUAAUUGAUAAAUAUCAAUUUACUUUAUAAAAUAAAGUAGAAAAUGAAAGUAUUUAUAUCAUAAUAAUAAAUAGAUUAAUAAAGAUUUAGUAAUGUAAAGAUUGAAGGAGGAACUAAUUUAGAUUAAGUUAAAUUACUAACAUUUCAAUAACAAUCUCUUUUAGAAAGAACUAUAUCUCAAGAUCAUAUACCAAAAUCCAAAUAUUUAAAUUGUACUAACUAAAUGAAAGAAUAGUUAAAAAAUCUUAGGAAAUGA